AUGGAGAAUCUGUUUAAGGAGUACCAGCAGAAUUUGUUAAGAGUGAGUCAGAAUGAUAAGUUUGGAUGCUUGAGAAGGUUUAUGCUUAAGCCUAAAUCUCGUCUACCUUCGCAUUCUCUGGAAGGCAGAGGUGAAGAAGCAAAGGUGGAUGAGAUUAAGGCUGCAAUGGAGAAUGGGGUUCUGAGUGUCACUGUUCCAAAGGCAGAGGUGAAGAAGCCUGAUGUCAAAGCCAUUGAAAUCUCUUGUUAA